AUGAGAGUGGUCGGCCAUUCAUUUCAGCCUUCAUGGGCAAGUCUCCUGGCCUUUGGUCUUGUCGGAGUCGGAUCCGUCACAGCAGUUGACUUGAAUUUGAACGAUGCCGAUUCAAUCAAGAGUGCGGCGAAAGAGAUUGCCACGAAUAUGAUGACAUAUUACACGGGAAUGAAUCCAGGCGAUAACCCUGGCAAUCUACCAGAUCCAUAUUACUGGUGGGAAGCAGGUGCAAUGUUCAACUCGUUAAUCAACUACUGGUAUUACACCGGAGACGACACCUGGAACGACGUUACCACACAAGCUCUGCUCUGGCAAGCCGGCGACAACGCGGCCUUCAUGCCCGCCAAUCAAUCCAAAACGGAAGGAAAUGACGAUCAAGUCUUUUGGGGCUUCGCGGCCAUGUCCGCCGCGGAGAGAAAUUUCCCCAACCCUCCUAGCGACAAGCCACAAUGGUUGGAGAUGGCACAGGCUGUUUUCAACACGCAGGCACCCCGAUGGGACCCUUCAACCUGUGGUGGUGGACUUCGAUGGCAAAUAUUCACAUGGAACAACGGUUACAACUACAAAAAUACCAUCUCAACCGGGGGGUUUUUCCAACUCGCCGCGCGACUCGCUCGGUACACUGGAAACCAAACAUACUCAGACUGGGCGGAAAAGGCUUGGGACUGGAUCUCCGAUGUUGGCUUCAUGAGCCCUGAGUAUAAUUUCUGGGACGGUGCCAGUGACCUGACUGGUUGUAAGGAUAUCAACAAGAUCGAGUGGACUUACAACAACGGCGUCUUCUUGCUUGGGGCCGCGAACAUGUACAAUGUGACCGAGGACCCCAAAUGGAAGGAGCGAGUCCAGAAGAUUCUCGAUGCGGGGGGGAUUUUCUUCUCUCAGGACACGCCCAAUGUGAUGUACGAGCGAGCUUGCGAAACGGUCAACACGUGUAUGGUGGAUCAACGUUCGUUCAAGGGCUAUCUGUCUCGAUGGAUGGCCGACACCAUUCAGAUGGCCCCGUUUACCCACAAUCAGAUCAUGACCAAAUUGAGAGCAACUGCGCAGGCUGCCGCAAAGACUUGCACGGGCGGCGAGAAGGGCACGACUUGUGGCAUGCGCUGGACCGAUCAAAAAUGGGAUCACACGAAGGAUUUCGGUCAACAGAUGUCCGUUCUGGAAGUCGUCCAGGCCAAUUUGGUCGACUAUGUGGCCCCUCCCGUGACCAAAGACGAGGGCGGUACCAGCAAAGGCAAUCCCAAUGCGGGACAGAAGCCCUCUGAACCUACGCCCGAUGCCCUCUCAUAUCCCAUCACGACUGCGGACCGGGCCGGCGCCGGGAUUCUGACUGCGCUCAUGAUGAUCACGAUCGGUGGCGUUGUGAUCAAUGAAGGGCCUGAUUUUCAUGUUGAAGUCCAAACAGUCCCAGUUCCGGAACCCGGGCCUGACGAUAUUUUGAUCCGACUCAAUGUCACUGGUCUCUGCUUUUCAGAUAUCCACCUCAUGCAAAAUGACCUAGGGACGCCACCCAUGUCGGCCUUUGGUGUGCGGUCCCCCGGCCACGAAGGCGCCGGAGUGGUGGUCAAAGUCGGUACGAAUGUGAAAAACUUCAAGCUCGGUGAUAGAGCGGGGAUCAAGCCCCUUCUGGACACGUGUGGAUCGUGUCAUCUGUGCUGGGAGGACAAAGAGACAUAUUGCAAGGGGGCCGUUCAUACAGGGUUGAUGAUGCCAGGGACAUACCAACAAUAUCUGGUCUCUCCCGCCCGGUAUGCAUCACCGAUUCCCGACGGGGUGCCCGACGAGAUCGCGGCCCCGAUCAUGUGCAGUGCCAGUACGAUCUAUCGAUCACUGCUCGAAUCCAACCUCAAAGCCGGUGCCUGGGUCGUCUUCCCCGGUGGCGGGGGUGGAGUCGGCAUUCAAGGUGUCCAGUUAGCCAAGGCCAUGGGAAUGCGUCCCAUCGUCGUGGACACUGGCUCUGAAAAGCGGGACCUCUCCAUCAAAAUGGGCGCCGAAGCCUUUGUUGAUUUUCAAGAGGAAGAGAAUCCCUCCAGAGCCGUGGUUCAGAUCGCAGAUGGAAUCGGUGCCCAUGGCGUCUUCGUGACAGCUCCGGCCGCCUACAAGACGGCCGUGUCGUUUGUAGGUGAACGCGUCGGCGCCAUGGUGAUGUGCGUGGGACUGCCACCUGCGGGAAAGACGGUGCUGGGUACCGACCCUUGCCAGUUUAUCUUUCAGAAUCUCAGCAUCAAGAGCACUCUGGUGGGGAGCCGGAAGGAUACCGUGAUGGCACUGGACUUUGCUCGACGGGGCAUGCUUUAUCAGAUCAGCGAAGUCUGGCCAUUCCACCGACUACCCGAGGCGGUGGAGAAACUUCGAAAGGGUCAGGUAGCAGGUCGGAUUGUGAUUGAUUUCAAUCGUGAGGAAUAA